AGCUUAAACAGGAACUGUCCACCUCCCCUCCAUCUCUAGGCUGGGUACUAACUGGUUCCCAGUAUGCAGUUUACUGGAACAGGCCGUGUGUCCCGCUGUAGAAAGUAAAGGUUGAUCCAGUGUUUUGUUGCAGCAGUAAUUGUGCACAUCCAGAACCAAGGUGCUGUUUAGUUCUAAUCCAUAAAGAUAUGAUCUGAUGUGUGAGAUGACUGAGUUGAAUGAAGGACAGACCCAGUCAGGUGGGUUAAAAACAGCCCUGAUGCACCCAGCACUCACCUGUCCUGGUCCAGAGAUAAACUACACUGAAGUGUUAACCUUAGAUCAGUGACAGCAGUGAUGGCUCACCAGAGCGUGAAGUAAAGAGAAGCUGGUCAGGUCACUGGAGUCAGCCUCAUUAACGCGAGAAAUCCACACACAUCUUUGUUUACAAGUUAUAGUUCAUUUGCAUAAAAAAGUACAAUGUGAAAGCGAAAAGUUUGAGUAUUUCAAAAUAAUCAGUGUCUGAAAUCUGGUACAGCAGACAGUCCCAAACACAAAUGCUGCUGUUAUCAGACACAUUCAAUCACGCUUUGAAACAUAAAGCAGCAUUCAUUCAUGCUCUCAUCAAACCAACAAGGUGGUCACACCACAGAGAUCAUGCGACUGAUGGAGAGCCUGUCUGCAGCUUACACACCUCGACACUACGUCAUCGCUGACACUGACAGGAUGAGCGAGGAGAAAAUUGUCACCUUCGAAAGCUCUAAACCACAAUCACACUCUGACUUACAGUUCACCAUCAGUCGGAUCCCACGGAGUCGAGAGGUGCACCAGUCAUGGAGUUCCUCUGUUGUCAGCACCCUGACCGCGCUGCGUUACUCCUUGCCUUUGGUGUUCAGACUCAGACCUGACAUGGUGCUGUGUAAUGGCCCAGGGACAUGCGUUCCUCUCUGUGUAGCUGGACUCUUGCUUGGAAUUCUGGGAAUGAAGAAAGUCCAGAUAGUGUAUGUUGAAAGCAUUUGCCGAGUGCAGACGCUGUCAUUAACAGGAAGGAUCCUGUACCCGGUGUCUGACUAUUUUUUUGUGCAGUGGUCAUCUCUGAGGGACAAAUACCCCAAAGCCGUUUUUCUUGGAAGAAUAGUAUGAGAGGACGUGGGACAGAUGGACACUAAGUUACACGAAUGCAGCAAAAGGAUUGUUUCAGGUUUCACUCAUGAAGGACCACUUUUUCUAUGUUGCUGUUUUCAAAUGUAUCCAUAAUUAAAACUGAGUGAUAAAUGUUGUAAACAGA